UCCGGUUCAUCAAGGAAACCCAAUGGCUCGCCAGAGACGCGAUCAUCAGCAUCGUCGACGUUGUGUCUGACUGAAGGUCUCUUGACGGGUUGCCAUGGUGAUGUCCACCUUCCAGAAGGUGACGCUGGCCACGUGCUUCGUGCUGUGCGUGGCGCUGCUGCUUCCCAAGAUGUUGCUUUCCCGCGGCAAGAAGGACGCCGAGCAGCGGCCGGAAGGAGGUCAUUUCCCUCCCUUAGUGCACCGCCAGAGUGCCACCAGCGGCCGUGGCCAGAGAGCCGCGGGUUUGAGUCUCUCCAAAACCCACAGCACGGAGACCACAGCCAGGGCCAAAGGAGCGGGGCCGGGGUCAGGACCUGCGGGAAAGUCCAACCUGGCGGGACAAAUCAUUCCGGUCUACGGUUUUGGGAUUUUACUCUACAUUCUCUACAUCCUCUUCAAGAUCACGUCCAAGGGCAGCAGUCAGCCGUCAGAGAGCAGGAUGUCGUCUGCGCGCUCAGAGAACAAGAAGAGAAAGAUCACUGACUUUGAGCUGACUCAGCUGCAUGAGAAGUUGCGGGAAACGGAGCUGGUGAUGGAGAAUAUUGUUUCCAACGCCCAGCACAGUCCUGAAAGGGGGUCUCAGGGCGUGACAGUGGACCAGGAGCAAAGUCUCCUCCAGCAGCUCACAGAAAUCACUCGAGUGAUGCAAGAAGGUCAGCUGAUGGAGGGCGUGGCCUCCUAUCAGAACAACAGCCAGAUGAGAUGGAAAGAGCCUGAAGAAGAGGUGAUGUGUGCGCGUCCUGGCUGCUGUUGUCAACACGCUCCUCAGGACGAGGCUGCAGCUGACCUGGGAGAAGACGACAGAAGCAGCCAGGGGGACAUUGUUCCAGAAGGUUCCUCAGGUGGACAUGAUGCAGACCUGGACCAUGCAGGUGAGAGUCCAGGAAGUGACUUGAAGGAGGCUCACCUGAAGCAGGAGGAUGAGGAGGAAGCAGGUGGGAUCCACUUGGGCGUCCCAGAUGAGGACCUGCUCGGCAUACUGAAGGAUCUGGAGCUCACCUUGAAGAAGACGUCGGCCAUGGAGCAAGAGAAGGCGGACCACCCGAGCCGGCCAGGUGAGACGGACGCGGUCAGACGGAGGAACAAAAGGAGAAGAAGCAAGAAGGAAUCUCAGUGACUUGAAACAUCUGACCAACAAUGGCGUCUUCCUUCUUCUCGUGACGUCAUCCUGCAUGAACCUCAUGUAUUGGGUCUCCUCCUGAUUGCAAAGAAAAUGUGUCACUUCCUGACUUGUGUCACGUCUUUUUAAACACUUUUGAAAUAUAUCUAUGCGAAAAUCUCUAUGGGCUUUAAUUCUAAGCGUGAAACACAAGUUUAUCUAUUUACGGCAACGUAACCACCAAAUAUGUCAAACAAAGCUACGAUAAAAAAGGAACACUUAUUUUGAAUAUAGAACAAUAUGGACGGAAUAAAGGUCGUUUUUAAAAGUGCACUUCUCGAUUAUUUGAGGUUAUCUGUAGACAUUUUCGCAAACUGUUGUUUUAAAAGAAAAUAAUAAAAUGCCUUUUAGAAAAACCGCCGUUAAAUAGGAAGCGGAAGUUGGUGAUUUUAUGUGCAUGCGCAAAUGGUUCGGGCAGCAACGGAUAAAGCCGAGACCACUUCGUUUCGUCAAUUGUGACGUAGUACGGAAAGUAGCAGAUCACGAAGCUAAAAAAAGCUACUCACUGCUCUUUCGCCCAGUUGAUCCUGGAUAUUAUGGAGUCAAUUAUACAGUCCGUCUUUUUUCAGGGUUUCAUUACUUUCUCUCGUAUGUCCUCUUCUGACGGACACCGUGUUCUCGGUUGUUUGUGCUCGUUUUCGAUUCGGUUUUGUUCACGUUAAUUCACGCGAGAUUUGGGGCUCGGCCGGCGACAUCGGAAUCCGCAA